CACACACACACACACACACACACACACACACAAACACACACACACGUGCACACGCACACUUCUUAUCACUCUUUCUAUCGGGUAGAAACAUGACUUUGUAUUAAACUGUGUCUCAUCAGAGCUGCAUGGCGUUUUCUUACCUCGUUUUCUGGUAUAAAGAGAAUGGCUUUGUUGUUUUAAACUAUUAAAUUAUUAUAGUUUUAAAAAAAGAGUUAGAGCUGAGUCUCUUUUAAGGUUCUGUUGCUUUUGUAUUUUACAUUUGUGUUACAAAAUGUGAUUUUAUUUUUGUCUCUGACCUCACUGCUGUGGUUUCCUCUUCCGUUUGUUUAUUUUUUUUUGUUAAGUCGUCAUUUAGAUCAGAUAUGCUCAAAAGGAUUUAUGAUUUAAAUAUUUUUUUAUUGAUAAAGAGCUGCAGGCUAAACCACACAUGUAUUUAAAAUAUAUAGUAGUUUGUGUACAGUAUUUGUAAAGAUAAUCCUUUCACUAUAUAAUUUAUUAAAUAAAGUGGAGUAUAUUAAAUUUAUCUCUAAUACACUAACCAGACUUGGUGUUUGUAGCCACAUAAUUUAUGAAAUGUCAUAAAUUAAACCUGAUAUAUAAAUUACAGAAACAUUAUCGGACAAAGGGGUGAGGGUAGGGGCGGAGCCAGAGGGGUGGCCGGGGUGGCAAGGGCUACUCUUGGCUCCUGAUUGGCCACCCCAAGUAGCAUGAUUGACAACUGGGGGCGGGGAUUGCAUGCGGCAAAAUAGGAUGGUUAGUUAGAGCUAAAACAAAGUAAAUAUCUGUUAAGAAGCUGUAUUAUCUAGUGUAGAGGGAACCAUCAAUGUGUGAAGAAAGAAAUGACUUCAAAACCCACUGAAUUAAUACAAAGCAACAAUUCCACCACACCAAAUUUCAGCUCAAUUAGUCUUAAUUAUAGCCAUUUAAACUUAGCUGUAGUGGUCAUCUUAAAUGUUCAAAUCCAGAGUAGUUUUCUUUAUUUAUAUGUGCCCCCCAGAGAACACCUUGGCCACCCCCCGUGCCACACCUCGCAAAAACAUCUAGCUCCGGCCCUGGGUGAGGGUGACUGGAGUGGACUUAAAAAGGUUAAUCUUACUCUUCAGUCAGCAGUGAGGAAAGGAGGGAACUUUUUAGACUUCCAAUGUAUAAACAAUGUAUCUAUAAAAACAAUAUUAAAAAGGAGAUUUAUAAAAUAAAACACAAACUAUUAUAAAGUAGAUGCUUUAAUUGGAGUUAAACAUUUUCAAAGCAGACAUUCUUGUGUUUUAAGAGCUGGAAAGAUCAUCAUAUUGUCGUGAACACAGAAAAGAUAAAUCAGGGUUUAACUCAACUUCCUGGAAAGUGGAAUUCAUGAUGUGGACAAGUUAAUGAAGGAAACAUCACAUGGUAAACUUCCAGUGAUUCAGACUGUCACCUGAAAAGUGCUCGUGCAUCAUUUGACUGGGUGAUGAUGAAUAAACCAAAACUCAGUUCUGUGUUCUCUUCCUCUUUUCAUCAAUAAUCCAGACCUUUGAAAUUAAAAAAAGCAUCCAAGUUUAUGUGUUUUACCCUGAUGAAGGUCAUCGGAUUAAUACUGGAUGCUAUUUUCACUUCGUUAGACCUGGGAGUCAUUUUUAUGGUUUUAAAUCAAAACAGAAGUCGUCUUUAAACUAGAUUUUGGUCUUAAUACAAUUUUAAAAAUUACAAAAGCAGAUAUUCAUCAAACUGCUUGUGGCCUACAGCAAAACAAAACAAACCAAACGUGUGUAUCACAUUCAUCAGUUAUUUCCCAAUAACUUGUUGAGUCAUCCAGUGAGUAAAAGAGAAAUUUCCCUUUUGGUGCAGAAGCACCAAACAACUUUUUCGUGGCCUCAAGUGGUUGUUGCUUAUCAAAAGGUUCUUUGUUCCUCUUAAGUUUUAUCAAAGWUUCUGUAAUAACCACACAGAGUGGUUUCCAGAACACUUUAAAAGGAAAGUGGGGGCGACAUCAGAAACCAACGUUUAAAUAUUAUACAUUAUAUUAUAUAUUCAAAUAUUUCAGCAUGAGUUGCACAACUUCAACAGUCAAUUAAUUCAGUAUUUAUGGAUUUUUAAUCAGACAUAAAGGUUUUAGUUUCCUUUUUCUUUACAAAACAAGAUGAAASCUGUCAUGAACUCAUGUUUGUUGCUUUGUUGUUCCUAUAGUUACUGGACUACUUUUGGUUUUACUUUUCGUUUAAGAGGAAAAUAAACGUAUUUAUUUCCUGGGAUUUGUAUGUUUGACACGAUUCGCUGAAACCUCUCUGACGUCAUUACGUUGAAUAAGCCCCGCCCUACCUCUGUAUAAAUGGCUCCGGUGCUGUACGUCACUGCUGAAUCGUCCAGGUUUCUCUUUGCCUUCCUAUCGGCAUAAUUAAGUUGCAAACUUUUCGCCGGCGAAACGAGCAGCAUGAAGGACGGCCACGUGGAGAGCCACGGAGCGGCCUCCAACAAGACCACGGAGCUGGACUCUAAACUGGACUCCGACCCGGGCAACAUGGAGGACUCGGUGGAGUACAGACUGAUGAUGGCCUACGCGCAGAGGAGACGGCCCAAGAAGGAGCCACGAACAAACGGACACGAAACAACUCCAGCUCUGAUCAAGACUGAAACCGACGAGAAACAGGAGAAGAAGAAGACGAAGAAGAAGAAAUUUGGGACACGUCUGCUGUCGGUCUUUAGAUGCGUUAAACCUCAGACAGACGAGUCAGAACAGCCACAGCCGGCGGCUGGGCGUCGUGAUGUAACUGACAGAUGUUUUGUUCCUCAACACGAUUUGUUUAAAGAGGACGACGAGGAGAUGGGUGAGUUGGCGGCUCAGGUGAUGGGCAUCAUCGAGGAGAUCGAGCUCAACCCUUCAGGAAUAGAGAGUGAUUCUAAAGAAGAUGAUGCGGAGAGGAUUGUAGCUCUGCUGCUGAGAGACAGUGGAGACCACCUGCAGGACAAGUUUAAAGAAGCUAACAUCGGUCUGGAGCAGUUCUUAAACUACGGCUUCUUCAGGAGCGUUCUCCAAACAUUCCUGGAGAGGAUAGGCUUCCGGAGCCACGACCCCAAUGCUCUGGGGCCACAAGCAUCCCCCAAAACCCAAAUCGCAAUGGCCUGUGAGGUCACAAGUCGCCUCUCGGCUGUGGACACUCUGCCUGAGGAACGCCUGCUGCGCUACGGAGCCCGGUUCCUGCAGGAGGAUUAUUCAGCCUGGGCCGAGCAGCAGGGCGGAUACGAAGCAGCUUUUCAUGACGAGGUGGACUGAUCAGGAUGAGCUUUUCAGACACACAGCGCCCUCUACAGGUCGGCUCUGAAACCUGCAAGAAGUAAUUCCCACAGUUGGGAAAGAAAAAAAACCAUCUAACUCGGGACAUUAUUUCACUGCUAUAACUUUACUUCCACCUAAAACUUGAUGAACUCUUAUUCUGCAGGUAUUUAUUCAACUUUCAGGGACCUGGAACCAAAGACAACAAAGGAAAAAAAUACAUGUUUAAGUAAUUAAGUUGUUUUAUAAACAAAGAGAUGUAUCUUCAAAUUUUGUUUUAAUUAAAUAUUUUUAAAGUGUUUCUUUUGUUGUUAGGCAUUAAAAUGUCUUUUUAAGCACUUGCACUUUGACCAUUUUAAUUAAUUUAUUGUGUUGAUUUUGUUUAAAAAAAAGUACAUUUAAAUGUGCCAUAUUUAGAGAAUAAAAAAUUUUGGCAUAA